GCCAAUAUUUUCAAAAACAAGCCCUCUUCCUCCGUCGCAGCAGAUUGGACGCGAGUUGUUGGUCGUUGGGCUGAACGGAGUGACGUAACGGACAUGCCGGUGCUGGAGGCGGGGCUACUCGCUGCUACUACGGAAACGCCUGAAUACCUUUAAACCAUCUGGCUUACUUUGGUGCCUGCUGCGGGCAUUGUUCACGUAGACUGCCAAAAUGCUGAAGCAAGCAGCCAGAUAUGUACUUAUUCUCCUUGGUGGUGUUGCAGUGUAUCAGCCACACUUGUGUGCUGCUGGAAGGUGUUAUCAGCUGUUUUGCUUGGACCCCCAUAGUUGAUCAUCAUAAGAACCAUGAUUUUCCACAUGUCUGUGCGCUGCAACCCAAUAUUACGGAAAACAAAUCUGGCUGUGUGGAGGGCAUGGAGGUCAUGGAAGUUAAGCCAGCACCCUUGUACAGUUCAUUCAUCUUCUGGUCCUGGACCCCUGGACAAAUCUGAAGAGCAGUCUUCUGUGUCAACGGAAAAGCCUCCUCACACUCCUGUCAUGCUCAAAGAGGUGCUUCAUUACUUAGACGUCCAACCAGGUCAGGUGGUCCUGGACAUGACAUUUGGAGGUGGUGGUCAUACCAAAGCCAUACUGAAUACGGUUCCUGAAGUCACAGUGCUGGCCCUAGACCGAGAUCCUACAGCCAUUUCUCUUGCUGAGCAGCUAGCCAAGGAACACUUUGGUCGUGUGAAACCAUUGCUCAGCCGGUUCAGCGAGCUUGAAGCCCUGAUGUCUAAUGUAAAUAUUAAGCCAGGCAGCAUUGAUGCUGUCCUGUUGGAUGCUGGCUGCUCCUCCAUGCAGAUGGAUCAGGCGGAGAGAGGCUUCUCCCUCAGCAAGGAUGGGCCCUUGGAUAUGAGAAUGGAUGGAGUGAGGUACCCCGACAUGCCCUGCGCUGCUGACGUUGUGAAUACCUUAGAUCAACAGGCUCUUGCAUCCAUCCUCCUUGCAUAUGGGGAAGAGAGACAAGCCAGGAAAAUAGCUUCAGCCAUUGUGGAGGCACGCCGUGUCAGCCCCAUCACUCGGACACAGCAGCUGGCCAGCGUGGUGGCAGGAUCAUUUCCUGCUGCUGUCAUCUACGCAAGGAAAGAUCGACUCAACCGGCCGACGCAUGUCGCCACAAAGACUUUCCAAGCUCUGCGUGUCUUUGUGAAUGACGAGCUGAACGAACUAAUCGCAGGCCUGCAUGCUGCCCAGGCAGCACUGAGACCUGGAGGACGUCUCUGCGUUAUCACUUUCCAUUCACUGGAAGACAGACUAGUCAAACAUUUCCUCCAGGGGGACGACUUGUCUAAUGUAGAUCACUUCAGCUCGAGGAAUCACACCACCAGGAAGGAAAAGAAAGAUGGUGGAAGUGAUUAUUGGCUCCCGCUGCGAAGAAAAGUGAUCACCCCUGAAAAGGAUGACGUAAAAGAAAAUCCUCGAGGACGCUCUGCUAAACUACGUGCGGUGCUCAGACGUUGAGAACACAUCUAUAUUCUCUUUUUUCAUAAACGUAGGAGUUUUUUUUUACAAAGAGAAACUUUUUACAACUAAAACUGAAGAGAGUUAAGGCAACAUUAUUAAAACACUUCAUAGCUAACAAUAACAGCUUCUUUUUUGAUGGUACGGUGACUUGUAAUGGGUUGAAUGGUGUCUCUAUCUUGGCCACUCCGCUAACUUCAGUGAGAGGGUAGAUCACAGCGUUACAUACAUGUUUACUUCAACAUACAAGUUGUCAACACAUAACACUGUUUUGACAUAAUAAGUUGUAUUUGUAGUUAGCGCACACAUUACGUCUGACAAACUGUUACAAACCCGGGAUUUGUAUUUACGUGCAUUACGUAAUUACGUUCUUUUAAGUGAGAGCAACACAGAGUUGUAUGAAAGCUGGUUAAGUUUGAGGGGUAACGUACAAAAUAAUUGUAUUGAAAGCUUUUUAUACCAAAAUAAAUAAAAAAAAUGACCUCUG